AUGGUUGGUCCGGUUGUUGGGUUGACAGGUUCGUUGCUGCUGGAUCCGGUCGCGCUGCGCACGAUCGCGUCGUUGGAGUCCGUCGUGCUGCUCCCGACGCGGCUGCUGGAGUCCACCAUGCUGCUCACGGACUCGCUGCUGGAAUCCGUCGCGCUGCUCGCGGGCGCGCUGCCGGAGUCCGCCGUGCUGCCCGCGAUGCUGCCGCUGGAGUCCGUCAUUCUGCUCAAGAUCGUGCUGCUGGAGCACGUCGAUCUGAUCCCGAUCGCGCUGCUGGCGCCCGUCAUGCUGCUCAUGAUGGUGUUUUUCACGUUCGUGCUACUGGAAUACGUCACGCUGCCCCACGUGCCGCCACCAGGGUCCGCCAUGCCGCCCACGGCCGCGCUGCUGAAAUCCGUCGUGAAGCUCACGGACGGGACCCCGAUGCCGCUCCUGGAUCCCGUCGCACUGCCCACGGCCUCGCUACUGGAAUCCGUCGUGCUGCUCCCGCGCGCGCUGCUGGAGUCCGUCGCGAUGCUCGCGAUAGUGCUGAUGGCGUCCGUCGCGCUGUUCACGGUCGCGCCGCUGGAAUCCGUCGCGCAGCUCGCGGCGAUGCCGGUGGAGUCCGUCACGCAACCACGAUCGUGCUGCUAG